AUGCACUACACCAAUACUCCUAGUCUCUUCUACACUGCGCACCAUGCACAUCCCUCUAAUUACAACACGCUAACCUGCCACUACACCGAUACUCCUAGUCUCUUCUACACUGAACACCAUGCACAUCCCUCUAAUUACAACACGCUGACCUGGCACUACACCAAUACUCCUAGUCCCUUCUACACUGAGAACCAUGCACAUCCCUCUAAUUACAACACGCUGACCUGGCACUACACCAAUACUCCUAGUCUCUUCUACACUGAGCACCAUGCACAUCCAUCUAAUUACAACACGCUGACCUGGCACUACAACGAUACUCCUAGCCUGAACUACACUGAGCACCAUGCACAUCCAUCUAAUUACAACACGCUGACCUGGCACUACACCAAUACUCCUAGUCUCUUCUACACUGAGCACCAUGCACAUCCCUCUAAUUACAACACGCUGACCUGGCACUACACCAAUACUCCUAGUCCCUUCUACACUGAGCACCAUGCACAUCCCUCUAAUUACAACACGCUGACCUGGCACUACACCGAUACUCCUAGUCCCUUCUACACUGAGCACCAUGCAUAUCCCUCUAAUUACAACACAAUGACCUGGCACUACACCGAUACUCCUAGUCCCUUCUACACUGAACACCAUGCACAUCCCUCUAAUUACAACACAAUGACCUGGCACUACACCGAUACUCCUUGUCUGAACUACACUGACCACCAUGCACAUCCAUCUAAUUACAACACGCUGACCUGGCACUACACCGAUACUCCUAGUCUCUUCUACACUGAGCACCAUGCACAUCCCUCUAAUUACAACACAAUGACCUGGCACUACACCAAUACUCCUAGUCUCUUCUACACUGAGCACCAUGCACAUCCCUCUAAUUACAACACAAUGACCUGGCACUACACCAAUACUCCUAGUCUCUUCUACACUGAGCACCAUGCACAUCCAUCUAAUUACAACACAAUGACCUGGCACUACACCAAUACUCCUAGACUGAACUACACUGAGCACCAUGCACAUCCCUCUAAUUACAACACGCUGACCUGGCACUACACCAAUACUCCUAGUCUCUUCUACACUGAGCACCUUGCACAUCCCUCUAAUUACAACACGCUGACCUGA